AUGGAGGAUCCUAACCACGGCAUAGCCGACGUCGGUGGCUCUCCUCCUUCUGGUGGACGGGGGAGACGUAGGCAGAUGAAGAGCGAUGAGGAGGACGAUUCUGACACCGCCGUGCCCGGGGACAUCACCACGCGGGCGAAGAGGCGGCAGACGACAGGCAGUGCCGACGACGCCGGUGGCGUGGAAGUUGGGAGAACGCGAGGCGCCAGUGAAGCUAGUGGCAAAGCGACGGGUCAUGCAUUGCGCCAAAAGGGCCGACCCGCAGCAAGAAAAACAUCCGGCGGAAGGAGGGGCAAGAAACGGGGUCAUGAAGACCCUGGUGAGGCCGAGGAGGAGGAUGCGCAGGAAGAGGAGGAUGAAGAGGAUGCGGAGGAGGAUGACGCGGAUGUUGGGGAGGAUGAAAAAGAUGAGAAUGAUGGCGGGGAGGACGAAGAGGAGGAGGAGGAGGAGGAGGAGGACGAUGAGAAGGAGGAUGAGGAGGAGGAGGAGGAGGAGGAGGAUGAGGAGGAGGAGGAGGAGGAGGAGGAUGAUGAGGAGGAGGAGGAGGAGGAGGAGGAGGAGGAGGAGGAGGAGGAGGAGGAGGAGGAAGAGCACGGGGACGACGAGGAGGAGGAUGAACAGGAGGAGGAGGAGGAGGCAGAGGAGGAUGAGGAGGAGGAAGAGGGGGAGGAGGAGGAGGACAUGGCGGCAGUGAAGGGACGGGGCGGGCCGUGA